GAUAUUACAUCCACAACAGCUACACUAGAAAAUAAUUCAAAGUUGAGACAAGGAUCAAGAAAACAGAGGUCUAAAGGAUGGUGCAAAGAACUAAAAAAAGAUGGAAGUUUAUGUAAUCAUGUGGUUGAAACUGAUGGUGACAUGGAAAAUUUCAGUGAUCAUCUUCAGAAUAAGCAUGAAAUUACAAAAUUUGGAAGACAUGAAUCAUAUAUUUCUCAAUUAGCAAACAAUGAAAAAUCUCAUCAAAUAAAAGAUAAUGGCAUUUAUAAAGAACAAGUAGAUAAAGCUUUGGUUAAAUUUAUAGUUACUAAUUCUCAGCCAUUUUAUAUGCUAGAAAAUCUGAGAUUUAUAAAAUAUUCACUAAUGCUUAGUCCAUCCUACAAAUUGCCUAAAGUUGUUCGUAGAUUCAUUGGAGUCACAUGUUUAUAUAUUGAUCCACAAUUUGAAAUGCAAGAAAUUACUCUGGCAAUUCAUGAAUUAAAACAUUUGCAUUCUGGUUUUACAAUUGCUAUUACUUUAAAAUCAAUUCUUCAAAAUUGGGGUAUCAAUGAAAAAUGUUUUAUGAUAACUACAGACAAUGCAAAAAAUAUAAUAAAGGCAAUUAAUAAAAUUGAAGUAGUUAAUUGA